CGGGGCGGGGCGACCGUGGGCCCAGAGAGCAGCAGUCGGCGACCGGCGGCGGGAGAUCGCGGGCGAGGGGAGCGCGACACUCGCUGGUGGGGGAGAUCGGCGCUCAGCCGGGUGAGCGUGAGCCUGGGAGAUGGCAGUGAUGGGAAUGGCCUGCCCAGGCGCCCCCGGCUCCGCGGUCGGGCAGCAGAAGGAGUUCGCCAAAGCCAAGGAGAAGACGCAGGCGGUGGAGAAGCAGCAGAGCUCUGUGCACAAGCUCGAGGCCGUGGAGAAGAGCCCCGUGUUCUGCGGGAAGUGGGAGAUCCUGAACGACGUCAUCACCAAAGGCACCGCCAAGGAGGGCUCUGAGGGCGGCCCGGCCGCCAUCUCCAUCAUCGCCCAGGCCGAAUGUGAGAAUAGCCAGGAGUUCAGCCCCACUUUUUCAGAACGGAUCUUCAUCGCUGGGUCCAAACAGUACAGCCAGUCCGAGAGUCUUGAUCAAAUCCCCAACAAUGUGGCCCACGCGACUGAGGGCAAAAUGGCCCGUGUGUGUUGGAAGGGGAAGCGUCGCAGCAAAGCCCGGAAGAAACGCAAGAAGAAGAACUCCAAGUCCCCGGCUCAGGGGGGAGCAGCCCUGGCCAAACCCCUCCCCAGAACCCCUGAGCAGGAGAGCUGCACAGUCCCCGUGCAGGAGGAUGAGUCUCCACUAGGUGCCCCAUAUAUUAGAAACGCCCCCCAGUUCACCAAGCCUCUGAAGGAGCCGGGCCUUGGCCAACUCUGGUUUAAGAAACUCGGGGAGGGCCUGCGGCCAGCACUGCCUCGACCGGAACUCCACAAACUGAUCAGCCCCCUGCAGUGUCUAAACCACGUGUGGAAGCUCCACCACCCCCAGGACGUAGGCCCCCUGCCCCAGCCCGCUCAGCCCUUCCCCUACAGCAGACUGCCCCACCCCUUCCCCUUCCACCCGCUCCAGCCCUGGAAGCCUCACCCCUUAGAGUCCUUCUUCCUAGGCAAACUGGCCUGUGUAGACAGCCAGCCACCCCUGCCUGGCCCACACCCGGGCAGACUGGCCUGUGUAGACAGUCAGAAGCCCCUGCCCGGCCCACACCUGAAGCCCAGCUGCCCGCCUCGCGGCUCGAGCGAGAAGUUUUCCGUGGAGGAGUACCUGGUACACGCUCUGCAAGGCAGCGUGAGCUCCGGCCAGGCCCACAGCCUCGCCAGCCUGGCCAAGACCUGGUCGCUCGGGGGCUCCAGGCGCCAGGAGCCCAGCCCCGAAACUGAGGACAGCGAGGGGGUCCUGCUCAUUGAGAAACUCAAGCCGGUGGAUUAUGAGUACCGAGAGGAGGUCCACUGGGCCACGCGCCAGCCCUGCCUGGGCAGGGGCGCCUUCGGAGAGGUCCACAGGAUGGAGGACAAGCAGACCGGCUUCCAGUGUGCCGUCAAAAAGGUUCGAGUCGACGUCUUUCGGGCAGAGGAGUUGAUGGCGUGUGCGGGAUUGACAUCACCCCGAAUCGUCCCUUUGUAUGGAGCUGUGAAAGAAGGGCCUUGGGUCAAAAUCUUCAUGGAGCUGCUAGAAGGUGGCUCGCUGGGCCAGCUCAUAAAGCAGAAGGGCUGUCUGCCAGAGGACCGGGCCCUUUACUACCUGGGCCAGGCUCUGGAAGGGCUGGAAUACCUCCACACCCGAAGGAUUCUGCAUGGAGACGUGAAAGCCGACAACGUGCUCCUGUCCAGCGAUGGGAGCCGCGCAGCCCUCUGCGACUUCGGCCAUGCUGUGUGCCUUCAACCCGACGGCCUGGGGAAGUCUUUGCUCACAGGGGACUACAUCCCCGGCACAGAGACCCACAUGGCGCCAGAGGUGGUGAUGGGCAAGCCCUGUGAUGCCAAGGUGGACAUCUGGAGCAGCUGUUGCAUGAUGCUGCACAUGCUCAACGGCUGCCACCCAUGGACCCAGUACUUCCGAGGGCCGCUCUGCCUCAAGAUUGCGAGCGAGCCUCCACCUGUGAGGGAGAUCCCGCCCUCCUGUGCCCCCCUCACAGCCCAGGCCAUCCAGGAGGGGCUCAGGAAGGAGCCUGUCCACCGAGCGUCUGCAGUGGAGCUGGGGGGGAAGGUCAGCCUGGCGCUGCAGCAUGUGGGGGGUCUGAGGAGCCCGUGGAGGGGAGACUACAAAGAACCGAGACAUUCGCCGCCACUCCAAGCCCACCCGCCACCACGCCAAGCCCACCCUCACCAGACCCCAGGUGCCCCACCGGGGGAGCUCUCACCUGGGGCCCCGGGGCCCCAGCCAGCAGAGGACGCAACAGGUGGGGCCCCGAAGCUCCAACCCCCUCCGCCCCCGGAGCCCCCAGAGCGGAACAAGUCCCCAAGCCCACACUGGGGCAAGGAGGAGUCUGGGCCAUGGGACCCCUUGCCUCUGUCCUCGCUGGACCCGGCCCCUGCCAGGAACCCCAGCUCACCAGAGCGGAAGCCCACCUUCCCCGAGCAAGAGCUGCAACAGCUGGAAAUAGAAUUAUUCCUAAACAGCCUGUCCCAGCCAUUUUCUCUGGAGGAGCAGGAGCAAAUUCUGUCGUGCCUCAGUGUCGACAGCCUCUCCCUAUCAGAUGACAGCGAGAAGAACCCGUCCAAGGCCUCCCAGAGCUCACGGGACACCCUGAGUUCCGGCGUGCACUCGUGGAGCAGCCAGGCGGAGGCCCGCAGCUCCAGCUGGAACAUGGUGCUGGCCCGGGGGCGGCCCACGGACACGCCAAGCUAUUUCAAUGGUGUGAAAGUCCAGAUCCAGUCUCUCAAUGGCGAACACCUGCACAUCCGGGAGUUCCACCGGGUCAAGGUGGGAGACAUCGCAACUGGCAUCAGCAGCCAGAUCCCAGCCGCAGCCUUCAGCUUGGUCACCAAGGACGGGCAGCCCGUGCGCUAUGACAUGGAGGUGCCAGACUCAGGCAUCGACCUGCAGUGUACCCUGGCCCCUGACGGCAGCUUCGCCUGGAGCUGGAGGGUCAAGCACGGCCAGCUGGAGAACAGGCCCUAACCCGCCUUCCACCACCGGCUCCACUCAGCCAGAAGCAGCCUUCCUUCUUGGUGCUCAGUGCCACCCCUGCGACCCAGGCUCUGCCCCCAGGGGUCUGCCAGCCCCUAGCUCAGCGGUAGGACCAGGGACUGGCCGCAGUAAGGUGGGGCUCACAAAACACCUCCCAGGAUCUCCCACCUGUGUGCUGCCUGAGCCUGCCUGAGGAAGAGGAGGAAGGCAGGAGGCCUCUUCCCUCUGGGAACAAAGAGGAUUUUUCUGCCUUGGUCCUGACAGGCUGGCCUGACCCGUUAGGAUCAGUGACUACGUGCUGGCAGUCAGGGGAGAACGGCUUCCACCGGGUCAGGGAGGGGUGGGCGAGCCCCUCCCUCAGCCUCCAGGCAGGUAUGAGGGUGUGUAGCGUCUAAUGACCCACCCGCAGGCCCAGUACAGGACUGGGCGGCAGGCGUCCCUGCCCUGGGGUUCAUGGGGAGCCCUCUGAGCCCCUUGCCCGGUCUUGCCUGGCCAUCAAACGCCUUUUUAGCUCCAGAAAUUUUUCAGACCAGGUCAGGGAGGGAGGAGAGCCUGCCACUGGGGGAUCUCCCGGGAGAGAGCACCCCACUUCUCAGGGUGCUGCAACCCAGGCCCUGAGCUGAGUUCAGCUUCAGCCAAGGACCAAAGAAGUCGUUCAGGUGACAUGGUUCUCAGUGCCUAGGCACGUGCCCCUUUGCUGCUGGCCACCAGUCCUCCCCAGAGCAGCAUCCCCUGAGCCCCAAGCGCAGGCCCAGCACUGCCCUGACCUAGCUGGCCCGCAGCUCCCUUGUGUGUAGAAGUGAAGUCGGACACGAGGCCUCUCGGGACUGGUGCACAACAGACGCGAAGGAAAGCGGCGGACACAGGUGCUACUGUUCCCCAGGCCGCGGCUCUCAGCAUCUGCACCCCAGCUUCCUAAGACACGGCUCGGGCACCACGCUCACUGACCCUGUCCCCCCUGGUCUCGGGGGCACUGCCAGCUGCACUUUGCACUCUGAUGACCUCAAAGCACUUUCGUGGCCGCCUUCCAGGAGAGGAGGGCAGGCCAGGUGACAGGACUCAACUCUUGACCCUUCUCCAUGCAUGUGACCCAUCAAGCUUCCUCCAGAUGCCUUUCAGAUGAGAUGCCACCCCCACCCAUCGCCUCGGCCUGGCCUCUUCUUUUGGUGGGGUGCUAAUCCGGACUCAUGUAGCAUUAAUCAACUGUGAAUCCCUGUGUGGUGAGGGGCCUGCGAGCCUCAAUUCCUGGGGGUGAGAGGGUGUCCCCUGAGAGUCCUCCUGGGGAGAAGUUCAUCCCCACAUUCACCAAGGUGGCCUCUGUCCACCUAUCCACAUCGAGCCAUAGUGCUCCCCAAGGGGAGACCCGCAGCCCCUGUUCCUGCAGAACCACAGCCUUGGUACUGUGGAGUUCUCGCGGCAGGGGACUCUGAGCAAUAAAGUUUGGAGUGAUAACUGUU